AUGUUGAAUUGUGUAACCAGUAAGUUGACGUUACUUUGUCACAGUAGGCCUCCAUCAAGUUUCAUCAAUCUUCGGGAAUGUGUGGCACUAUUUGCUACUCCCAAGACGGACUUUAGCACCUCUUCCAUCAAAUUAGUUGGCGCAAAGGAUGAACCUACACGUUGGUUAUCAUAUAACGAUGUUAUUUACCCGCCACAGGAACCCGGGGAAGAGAGAAGACCAGCUUUUGUGUGUCACCAAAAACUAAAUAUCAAAUACAGCCCCAAAAAAAUGUGGUAUGUCGCAAGCUUUGUGCGUGGCAUGUCUGUGGACGAAGCACUUAAACAAUUACCCUUGGUCGGGCGUAAAGGUGCCACUAUAGUUAAAGAUACUAUUUUAGAAGCUCAACAGCUAGCCAUUGAAAAUCAUAAUGUCGAAUUUAAGACAAAUCUAUGGAUCGCUGAGUCAUUUUGUGGUAAAGGUCCAGUAAUAAAAGGUAUGCGCAGACAUGCUAGGAUGCGAAUGGGUGAAGUCAUGUACAGGUACUGUCAUUAUUUUGUAAGAUUAGAAGAAGGUACACCUCCAGAAAAUUAUUAUUAUAGCUGGCCUAAGACAGGCCCAGCUCUGUUAGCUCAAUGGGUUGAUGAGGUCCGUGACCGUAAAAUUCAAGGAUCAUUGUAA